CGCGCCCGCUGGGAGUGUGGGCUGGGCUGCGCUGGCCCCAGCCGCCUGUGGGCAGAGUUGUCUCCGGCGGUGCGCACAGCAUUCAGGGAGACCCUCCGCCGGCGGGUGGAGGUGGACGGAGAGGGCAGGCCCUCGGAAGUGGCCUCUACAGUCAGCACCAGGGGCGGUUCCCUCCUCACCCGUGGUCACCUGGUCCAGCCUGUCGCCUGUAGGCCCGCAUGAGGAACACAAACAAGGAGCUGCAGGGCGCCACCAGCCGCUAUGCUCCCUGCGACUGGUAUUACCACCUUCCCGUGAAGCAGUCCGAGAAGCCCAUGGACGCCCCCCCGGCUUCCCAGAUACCCGGCCUCAGUGACUUGAGUGAGCCUCCCAACGGGCACCUGCCGGGGCCGCGCAGGUACUGGAUCAAGGAAACCGACUCGGAGUAUGUGAAGCUCGCGAAGCGAGGCGGCCGGCCCGAUCUGCUGAAGCACCUGGUGGUGGCCGGGACCAGGAAAGCCUCCCCGGUUGCGUACUCCCUGCCGGACUGGUACAUUCACCACAGCAAGCCACCCACGGCCGAGCAGAGGCAGAUCCCUGCCAUCUCCAUGCCAGAUUACAUGGUGUAUGAAGAGUUUAACCCCGAUCAGAACAACGGUAACUAUGAGUCCAGAAGAGGGCCUUUCGACUUUGACGUGAAAACCGUCUGGCAGAGGGAGGCAGAGGAACGUGAGGAGAAAAAAAAGGUGCGGCUACCAGCCAUCAACUCCAAGUACCCGAGCAAAGUGGGGACCCCACUUGGCCCCAAAGAGCCUGCAGGAAGCAGACUGUCCUUCCCUCCCAUGCCCGGGCAAAAAACCAGUUCACCCACCAACUUUUCCAAACUUAUCAGCAAUGGGUACAAAGAUGAGUGGUUGCAGCAACGAGCUGACUCAGACAGGAGGGCCCCGCGGACACCAGGAGCAGCCCCGCCGUCUACAUCUGCGCAAGACCCCGGAGGGCUCCAGGGUGCAGGCCCGAACCCAGACCCGGAGCUGCCCGAGGGCUCCGAGGACGCUCAAGAUUCUCCUUCUCCAAGGGCGACCACAUCUCCAUCGGCAUCCAUACCAGGAGAGCUCAAAUAAGCCCCUGCGAUCAUUUUCUGGUGGCUGAAAAAGAUGUGACUGCAUCACAACUAUACUUCUGAGGCUCCUGCUAUAUUUGAUGAGCAUAGAUUCUUAUGAACUAAGUUACCUUCUA